AAAAAGUCCCCGAAGAAGUCAGAGGAUCCAACAUGUCGGCGCCCUACAGCAGCGUUUACUUUGACAGGCAAUGACUUUAGUCAGAGUAACAGCUUUCAUCUUGAAUACUCGAUAAGAAGCAGACCAGGAGGAGACAUGUUUCCAGAAACGGCGGCUCCGCUAUUCUCUCAAGCCGUCCUGAUGAAGGGUUUGAGGCGGUUGUCCGCACAUGGAGGAGCCGGCAGCCUGCAGGCCCGCAGACACCUCACUACCAGCCGCUGUCUGACAGCCAAGGUUCCUCCUCCACGGCAGCCCAGGGAGAGAGUGGACAUCCCCGGACUGGAGAGGGUCACAUAUGGGGAGAGGAUGCAUUAUGUGCCGGGGCUGGCUAAACCCGCCAGUCCACACUGGGAACGGGACUACAAGGACCCGAGGUUUUACAAAGCUCCUCCGGCUCAGGAGAUGCCGCUUUACAAAGAGAAGCCGUGUUAUGUGUACAACCAGAGGACCAACGCGCUGGAAGGUGUGCUUCAGGCUCUGUGGUUGACCAAAACUAAGAUGAUCUCUGGUCUGCCCCCUCAUCUCCUCUCAUUGGCGGAGAGUCCUGUCAAUCAGAUACCAAAUCAAGAUGAGCGCGUGCAGAACGCUAUCAAACAUGCCCGCUUCUGGGACACAACAGAGGACCGACCCAACAAAGAGAAAUACAGCAACACACUGCUCUUCAACCUGCUCCAUCUGUGUGCUACUCUACAGCCCAGUCACCCAGCCAUCGGAAGGAGGAUCUUUGCUGAGAGAUAUUCACUGGCAGCUUCAUGGAAAAGAGGUGAGGACCUGUUACAGAUCAGGGGUCAGAACGGUUUACUGCAUAGCAGCAUGGAUCCUCUCCCAGAGGUUUCUGGGAAACAGGAAGUGGCAGCUACGGCAGAUCACGUCCUGGAAACCUUCUAUCCCGUCUCGCCCACCAUCGACCUGCAGAAAGUACACGUGUACAAGGAGUUGAACUCGUCAGGUUUCAGGGGUGACUACCCUUACCCUCAUGCCCACACUCUGUACUUCCUGGAGGGAGCUGAUGCUCGUUGUAAGCUCCGCCCAGAUCAGUUCAGAGCCAAGAUGAUCAUGUUCACCUUUGGAAACGCUCUGGCCCGCGCACACACACUGUACGGGACCCAGCCCCAGCGUGUAUUAGAUCAUCCAAUAACAGUCCAGGCAGUGGGGACCAAUGGCAGAAUCUUCCAGUUUCUGGUUUUCCAGCUCAACACCACAGAUCUCUCAGGAGACGACGGCAUCAAGAACCAGUUGUGGCUGGAAGAAGACGUUGAACUCUAUGAUUUUGCAAAAGUCCGACCACUCAUCAAGAAGAAGCAAGUGAAGGUACCAGCUGGUCUGACAGGAUACAAACCUGAGACAUUCAGCAGGUUCCUGGCCCUGUACCUACACGGAGCUGUGUAGGACUACAUACCUCUGUCUGUGUGUGUGUGUGUGUGUGUGUGUGUGUGUGUGUGUGUGUGGAUGGACACACUCUGAGCAGUGAGUCACUAGACAAGUAUGUGUGUUUGUAUGUGUGUGUCUGUGAUCUAAAUCAAUAUCUCUGAAAACCAAUUUCAUGCUGCAGUGUGUAAUUUAAACGCACUGAAACUUUAAAAUUCAUUUUGACACACUGACUCCGUCUGUCUGUUUGUUCUUGCUACUAUGAGAACUCAAUAAAAAAGUGUCAUUCUGAA